CGCGACACGGAACCGCACCUCAGAUCGUCUUCCUUUUACCAUCUCCUCGAAGCUUCGUUUCUGCCACUCGACAGGACCGAAUUCCGGAUCGACAGACUAUCACCAGACGCCACUCAGCAGUAGACGGCCGCGCUCGCCUUCUGGCUCCCAACGUUCAACCCUCAUAAAUGUCCACACUUCCCUGGAAAAUGUCAGAGGCUUGGUGGAAUCUUGACGUUCGCUCCCCGACUGAAGUUUCCAUCUCAAUCAAACCUACGCAGCCGGAACGCCGCGACCACUAUCCUUCCUCCAAGGACCUUGCUGGCGUGUCGAAAGUGGAAGUACGUUGGUUCGAGCUCAGGGAAGGGAUGCCGCCGACCCUUGCUCUCCGAACUGAUUGGGUUCUCACACACUUGGAAAUCGAGCUCAACGACUACAGCUCCCAUGAUAAACAUCCGCCACUUUCCGCCGUCCUGGGCGCUAUCAUGUUCUGCAAGGAUACGCUACGUGUCUGCAUCGUCGAUGCCGCCAUCGCUUCUAUCGAUCCCGCGACGCUCGCCCGGCCGGCUGUCGCUUUCCCGGCUCUCGAGUCCCUCACCCUGCACGACGAAGGGGCCUGCCUAGCGCUCCUCAUCUCCGCACCCAACCUGCAAUACCUUUUCAUCGAGGGCAACCCGACUUGCGAUGGUGGGGCAGGGAUUCGAUACAUUUCGGAGGAGCAGGCGCUCUUCCGACUCAAGACGCUGCUGGACCGGUCGGGCGACUGCCCGCGCCUGCGCUCCCUCGUCUUGUUCAACAGCGAUCUCGACAAGGGCGAUCUAGUGGCGCUGCUUCGCCGCUUGCCCUCCCUGACCGAGCUCGAUCUCAUCGAAAUCUGGGAUGCUGAGGCCACCCCAGCUAUCUUCGACGCGCUCACGCGCAAGCCCGAGGAUCCGGCUUCUCUGAUGUUUUUGCCGGCCUUGACCAGCCUGACGAUAUGCGACGGGGCCGACGGAGGGUCUACUCGGCAUUCGGUCUGGUCGUGGUACAAGCUCGUCGUGAGAUCGAGGCUGAUUCCAAUGACGAUCGAUGGCACGCAGCUCGCGUGCCUUCAGGAAUGCCAUACGGUUAGCGAACAUUCCUUGGGUCCCGGGGUCAGAGGUGGCGAGGGCGACAUAACGUUGGAGCAUCUGGACGAGAUCAUGUCAGAGGACGGUUCGGAUGUGGACAGCUGGGAUAUGUCUUCAGUCGAGUCCAAUGACGAAGCUGAAGCAUGAGCGCACUGCUGUGUAUGUUUGUAGGGAAGCAAUAGAAUAUUACGCACUUCAAAUGCACGUAUCCUGGACGAGACAAAUGUGGAUG